AUGGCUAAUCUUAAUACAGUUGCACGUCUACUUAUGACUACAGCUGGUAUAAUCAUGUAUGUAUUAGGUUUGAUUGGAAAUAUUUUAAAUAUUUGUGUAUUUACAAAAUGGGCUCGUCCGCGAACAACAGCAGGCAACGAACAUCAUAAUGCUAAUCAAACAAAUAAUAGUCCAUUAUAUUUAUUAGCAUCAUCUAUUGCUAAUUUAAUGGUAAUUAUUUAUCCAUUAUUAACUCGAAUUAUAUAUGAUGGUUUCAAUCAUUUAAUUUCUCCAAAUCAAGUUAUUUUAUUAUGUCAAAUUCGAUAUUUUGUUUUACAUACAUCUGAUUUAAUGUCAUUAACAUGUUUCUGUAUGGCAACAUUUGAUCGAUAUUUAAUAACAUCACGAAAUGUUCAUUUAAGACAUAUGAGUACAACAAGACAAUUAACAAAAAAAAUUAUUUUACUUAUUUUUAUUCUAAUCAGUUUACAUAGUAUACCUGUAGCAAUUUAUUAUCAAGUUUCAAACGUUGGUCAAUGUUUUAUAAGUUCAAGUAGUUAUGAAUAUUAUUAUAUAUAUGUUCUUCUACUAUUAUUUCAUGGUAUAUUACCUAUUAUAUUUCUUUCAAUAUUUGGUUCAUUAACAUAUAAAAAUUUGAAAACACUUCAAGGUCAAACACAUGCACAUGUAACUCAUGACAAACAAUUAUCACGUAUGCUUUUUCUAAUGUCAUUUGCAAUUAUAAUAUCAUCGAUUCCAUAUUGUAUGGAACAAAUUUAUGAAGUUAUGUAUACUGAUAGUAAUUCUCAACAAUCAUCAUUAGUUUAUCUAUUGCAUAUUAUUUCUUUAAUUUUAUUCUAUACAAAUCCAGUAUCAAAUUUUUAUAUUUAUUUUAUUUCAACACCAAAUUUUCGUCAUGAACUAAAAAAAUUAUUUCAUUAUAAUAAACAUACUCAUCAUUUUGUUCAUAAUCAAAUACAUACAACUAUAACAUAA